CUAGUCAACAGGUCAUCUACGAUUCCAUUACUGCCCAAUUCACUGCUCACUUACUCUCCACUCAACCUGUGCAGCUUUCCUUUACCCUUCCCCAUCCACAUACAACAGAAGGCGAGACACUCCGACAUCUGCGAUACACAAAACACAGUCCAACCCAGCAAUCCGGCUUUCAGGUGCGCCCCCGCAUCGGUCACCAUCAAUCAACCACCAUGUCGUCGUACCUGAACAACCUUCUUACCACCACAACUUCGCGAUACAAUUCGCUGCGCCGACAACUACUCUCCGACGAAGUGGACGGCGACACCGAAGACGAUUCACACAUCUCUCGGGGCCUGCGCGCCUAUUACACCGAAAAAGGGCGUCCUUUCCCCCCAUGGCUGCCGCCAGACCCAAAAGCCCCGCAAGCCGCCCCCGCGCAGAUGGUUUCCUCGUCCGGGCGGGGAUACGGCAAUAUGGGACCACCACAACAGCAGAUGGGCCGCGGCAGUGCAGCCAUCAAUGAUCUCUGGGAUGGCCCCUCCCAACCGCAGCAGCAACAGGAGCCUAUGUCGCUGCGACGUGCGCAGUUAGGAAGAGGAGGAGGUGGCCGUCAGGGACUAGCCCCUUCGCGCUCACCAGAACCUCAAAUGCAGGGUAGACCGCUUCCCAGUCAGCGCGCCGGCAGCUAUCAGACAGGCGGCGACAGGUUUCGUCCGUCAGAGACAUCACCCCCGCCUAGCGCCGGGUCUGGCGUCAGCGCCCAGGAUCGCUUGAAGGCGAGGCUUUGGGGCUCGGGCAGAUCAUCUAGCCCUUCAAACACUCCUUCGCAGAGCAGCAGUCCAGCACCUUCUGGAGGAAGGCAAAGCCCGUAUGACCAGCGUGGAGGCGGAGGAAGGUCACCAUAUCCAGACGAUCGCAGCGGCGGGGGAUACUCGGGAGGGAGAUCAGGUGGAGGAGGCAGGCAGCAGGACGAGUCGAGCUACAAGAUGUCUUCUAACUCGCCGUGGACGGACAACGACGAUCCAUACGGCCCGUCAUACAAUUCAGCACCCCCGCAACCGUCUAGUGGAGGACGACGAAUGGGCCUACCGAGCGGGCCUCGCAUGCGAUGAUCAAUUACGCGAAGCACUCUGUUUCUUCCCUUAUUUUCAGCAUGGCGCACAAGGAUUGAUGUAGCAGGGUGGUUUAUUUGCUUGUUCGUGGCUUCAAAUCUUGGGUCAUUCUGCGGAGCAUGGAGUUGGUGGAGGAUGGGCGGGCUCGUUAUACGGUUCUUUGGCGGCUGUAU